AUUACUUGGGUUGACUUGAAUGUGACGACAAGCUGAAUGACUCGUCAGACACCACUAAACAACCUUAGCUUCACCACUCAUCUCUGUUGCCGAUCCAAAAGAUGUUUAUUUCCGGCAUCUUCAUCUAUCUCCUGUUGCUCCCCUGGCUGAGCUCCACCAUCCAAGCUCAACAACAAACUUACCUCUUCCAUUCCUGUCCCAACACCACAGUUUUCCCACCAAACUCCACUUACGGAGCCAAUAUCCGCAACCUACUCUCUUCUCUUUCCUCCAACGCCACCGCCGGCCGUCUUUUCCACAACACGACCUCCGGGAGAAACGCCGACGCAGUCCACGGUUUGUUUCUCUGCAGGGGUGACGUUUCGGACACAGGGUGUCGAGAUUGUGUGUCCGCAGCCACCAAAGAUGUCACUCAACGUUGCCCCGUCGAGAAAACAACGGUGAUUUGGUACGAUGAUUGCCUCGUCCGUUACUCAAACGAGUCAAUCUUUUCCACCGUCGCCGGAGCACCCAAGGUUUACUUGAUGAACACCGGGAACGUCACGAACCAAGACCGUUUCAACCGGAUACUGGCCGACACGAUGCGUGACGGAGCGGCCCUGGCUUUGAAUGGUACGUUGCGCUUGAAGAACUUCGCGACCAGAGAGGCCAAUGUUUCCGGGUUUCAAACACUGUACAGCCUUUUACAGUGUACUCCCGACCUGACAACCUCGGAUUGCAACACGUGUUUAAGACAAGCCAUCUCGGAUUUGCCCGUUUGUUGCGAUGGAAAACAAGGGGGAAGAGUGUUGAUUCCGAGCUGCAACAUUAGAUAUGAACUGUACCCUUUCUACAAUCAAUCUGCAGUUUCGAUUCGGCCACCUCCGUCAGCGUUGAUUCCUCCUUCACGGACAACUCCAGGAAAAAGCAAAAAGAACACAUUGCCAAUAAUCAUUGCCGUUGUUGCUCCGAUCACCGUCUCAGUUCUGCUAUUUUUCUUGGGCUGUUGUUUAUUAAAAAGGAGAGAAAAGAAGAAGAACAAAGCUGUAGAAGAAAACGAGGCGUAUGAUAUAAGCACGAUUGAGUCGUUGCAGUAUGAUUUUAGCACUAUAGAAGUUGCCACAAACAACUUCUCGGACAACAACAAGCUAGGAGAAGGUGGCUUCGGUGAAGUUUACAAGGGUAUUCUUCCUAAUGGACAAGAAGUCGCGGUUAAGAGGUUAUCGAGAAGCUCGGGGCAAGGGUCCGAGGAGUUCAAAAAUGAGGCUGUCUUGGUAUCCAAGCUUCAACAUAGGAAUCUAGUGAGACUACUGGGAUUCUGCGUGGAAGGAGAUGAAAAGAUACUAAUAUACGAAUAUAUUCCCAACAAGAGCCUGGACUGUUUUCUUUUCGAUCCUGCAAAACGAGGACAGUUGGAUUGGUCUAUACGGUACAAGAUUGUUGGAGGGGUCGCUCGAGGGAUUCUUUACCUUCACGAGGAUUCUCGGCUGAGAAUCAUACACCGUGAUCUCAAGGCCAGCAACAUCUUAUUAGACGGUGACAUGAACCCGAAGAUUUCGGAUUUCGGCAUGGCAAGGAUUUUCGGAGGUGAUCAAACUCAAGGAACUACAAAAAGAGUUGUUGGAACCUACGGCUAUAUGUCACCGGAAUACGCAAUGCACGGGCAGUUUUCGGUGAAAUCGGAUACAUACAGUUUCGGCGUUUUAAUUCUGGAAAUCGUAAGUGGCGAACGGAACAAUAAUUUUUAUCAGAAGGAUGGUGCGGACGACCUUAUCAGCUACGCUUGGAAACAUUGGAAGAAUGGGACACCCUUGGAAAUUCUUGACCCUGUUUUGAAGGAUAACUACUCGAGAAACGAAGUCAUGAGAUGCAUCCAAAUCGGGUUAUUAUGUGUUCAAGAAGAUCCGGUUGAAAGGCCAACAAUGGCUACCAUUGAUAUGAUGCUUAAUAGUUACUCUGUCACACUUCCAUCUCCUAAUCAGCCUGGAUUUUUUUUCAACUCAAGAACAGAGGGGAAGAUGCUGGAAUCUGAUCAAUCCACUAGUCGAUCGAUUCCAUGGUCGAUCAACGAAGUAUCCAUCACUGAGUUAGACCCUCGAUGAUGCAAUCCUGAAGGCAGAUAAAUAACCCUAUAUAUGUAUCACCUUAUGUAUGAAUGAAGUAAGAAAAUAAGAGUUACUUUUGCUCUCUCAAGUAGUAGAUGUUUUGCAAUCAAAUGAUUUUCUCAUUAAUCUUUGUAACAUAUGCAAGA